AUGGAGAUUCCCUGUGAGUCGCACUUACAGGUCCCAUGCUUCGGCACGCUGCCGAUGCCCUCCCACUCCCCAGCUUCGUCACUAAGGGGCUGGGUGGUUCCCCAGCCCUCCUUGGAGGACUUCGGUGGCCCACCAGAUGGAGAACAGCUGGCUCGUCUUCCAAGGAGCCACUUGAUGUUUGCUGGCGCCUCUCGUGGCUCUGCCGUCAACUUGCCCAAGAGAUCGGAAGCACGGAGACCUUUACCCUCACCGCUGAACCAGCUGCCUCACAGACUUCGCGGCCCGCGGCGCCCAGCCUUCUUCGCUUCGAGUUAUACGGGGCCUCCAGCCGCCCCGCAGGGUGAUGGCGCCUGCGCCAGCGAACGCAGCUGCAGCUCCGGAAGCUCUAGCCGACUCUUCGACGCAGAGGUUGACGAAGAGAGCCACAGGAACGUGCUUCCGUUGGCUGCCAGUCGAUCUGGCCGCUCACGCCCCGGACCUCUUACGCAGCCACUCGGCGAUGCCCACGAAAGAGCACGGUCUGUGCCCCUACAUGACCGGAAUCACAGCAGAAUGGCUUUGAUCUUCUACGACCAGGUAUCACCGCCCAGCGCUGGUGUAGAAGAGGCACCUCCAGGGGAGCCCUGGGCUGAAGCUGUAGCACCCGGCAACCGUGAGGCCGAGGCCAGCGAGGAGAGGCUUGCAUCCGGCCACGUGCCUCUCCCGGACUUGUCAUCACCUUGGCAAGUGGCCGAGGAACUGGGCCAGUCAGGGCGCAUGGUACCUCCCAGGUACCUCCUCGUUCGGUUAGGUGAAUGCAUUCCGGCCGAGACGGGUGCAGCACCGGUUCAUCGCUCCAGGUUGGACUGUGGCCCGCAGUGGAGGGACUUCCUGAACUUUACGGGGGCAUCCAGCCCCGACGGGGUCUCUCUGGAGGAGGUUUUGACAUGUCCCUGCUGCUUGGGCAUCUUCCGCCAGCCCGUGGCGCUUCCUUGCGGACAUAAUCUGUGCCGUGGCUGCUAUGUCCAGGUAUUUUCACAGCCUAGCUCUUCUCGAAGAUGUCCUCUGUGCCGCACGGACCUGCCUCGAUUUGAACUGCGUGUGAAUGUGGCCCUAGCAGCGGUUUCGGAUUCGCUGCGCGCCUUCCAAGCCGUUCGAAGGCCGCACCCGCGGCCAAAUCUUGGAGACCAGGGUGCGCAGGAGCCGGAAGAGGUCUCGAAGGAAUGA